AUGACCCUGAGCUCCGAGCUUGAACAGGCUCUGGAGCAUACGGGCGGCCAUGGCAAAACGGGCUCCGGGGUCUCGAUUCAGACAUUUCUGGCCUCGCUGGCGACGGCCAUGGUCGUCUUUGCGGUCGAAGUCUUAUGCUUCAUGCUGCUGAAAGGGAAACUGACCCGCAUUUACCAACCCCGUACUUACCUAGUUCCUGAUCGUGAACGAACAUCGCCAUCACCACCGGGUCUCUUUCGCUGGAUUGGCCCGGUGUUUCGAACCUCCAGCUCCGAAUUCAUUCAGAAAUGUGGGCUCGAUGCUUACUUCUUCCUCCGAUAUUUACGAAUGCUGCUGAAAAUAUUCUUCCCUCUCGGAGUUUUGAUUUUACCGGUGCUGCUUCCUCUGAACCGUGUCGGUGGAAAGGGCAAGACUUCUAUGAAUGGCACCGAGAAUGGCAAUCACUGGGAUGUGUCUGGUCUGGAUCAACUCGCCUGGGGCAAUGUGAAACCCGAGCACACCAAUCGAUAUUGGGCACACCUAGUCAUGGCCGUCAUCGUGGUUUUCUACGUUUGCGCAAUCUUUUUUCGACGAACUUCGCGGGCCUAUAUGACCUCCCCACAGCACCGACUACGUGCCUCAGCAACCACCGUUCUGGUAACCGCUAUCCCACCAAGCUGGCUCAAUAUCGAAUCACUGGAUAACCUGUUCGAUGUUUUCCCAGGCGGUGUUCGAAAUAUAUGGAUCAAUCGCAACUUUGAUGACUUAAAUGAGAAAGUGAAAGAACGGAAUGAACUCGCCUUGAAACUCGAAGCGGGAGAAACGGAUCUUAUUGUCAAAUGCAAGAAGGCCGCGCUCAAAAAAGCCAAGGCUGAAGCCAAACGCGCUGGCAAGAGCAAAUCGAAGGUGGUGGAUCGCGAGAAGGAAGCCACAGACCAACGCGCAUCCCAGAUGGCCAUGGGGCCUGGUGUCAGUUCUGGUAACCCUCACCAAGCUCAUACACUCAGUGAAAUUCUGCACCGAAAACCAGAAGGUGCAGAAGGUCAUUCGAGAAACGAGUCGGCAGAAAGUGCACGAGUUGGUGGUGUCUUCAAUCCUGCCCUUGCAGCAGCUGGGGCUGUCGGGUUAGGUGUUGAGAAGCUGGGCAAGACUGUCCUGGGCGGUUUCAAGAAGGUCGAGAAUGGUCUGGAUGGCAAAUUGACUCGGACUGGGGGCUUUGUAGCCACUGACGAUGAUACGGGAGCAGGGGGAAGAAAUGCGCCCUCCAUAAACGAGGAGGAUUCCCCAACCGAUCAGGUCAUGGCCGGGCCCAUGCACUCCGUUCCUGCCCCCCGAACCCCCGAAGAUCAGACAUCGCAAUCCACAUUCCCCGAACGCACAGCACCACCGAAGCGACCCUCCUGGAAAUCCCGUGUCUCCUCCCAUCGAUCUAAAGGCUCUGUGCCGGAGCCUGAUGAAUAUCCACUCACAGCCCCGGAUACGCCCGCCGAGGAUUCCCAUCGGCGCGGCUCUGCGAAAACCAAAGGUAGCAAAGACAAGAGCAAGCGCAAGAGCCUCAAAGAAGGAGAGAAAGUUGAGGGCGAAGAAUAUCCGGUUGCUUAUAACGAAGAUUUCGAGAACGAGGACUAUGGAGAACCAGUCUGGGAAAAGUACAUUCGAGCAAAGGACCGAGACACUAUGCGCCUUCCCAUCUUCGGGUGGAAGUGGAUGCCAUCUCUCUGGUUGCUUGGUAAGAAGGUCGACACCAUUGAUCAUUGUCGAAAGGAGCUGGCUCGUUUGAAUCUGGAGAUCGAAGUUGAUCAGCAAAAUCCGGAGCGAUUCCCGCUGAUGAACUCGGCAUUCAUUCAAUUCAACCACCAAGUUGCUGCGCAUAUGGCCUGUCAAGCAGUUGCUCACCACGUGCCCAAACAGAUGGCACCCCGUGUCGUGGAGAUUUCUCCCGACGAUGUCAUCUGGGAUAACAUGUCUAUCAAGUGGUGGGAGCGGUACCUGCGCACAUUCGGAAUCGUCAUUCUGGUUUGUGCUAUGGUUGUUGGCUGGGCCUUCCCCGUUGCCUUUACCGGUCUCCUCUCACAAUUGUCAUAUCUCAAGAACACAUUCACAUGGUUAGAGUGGCUGAGCAAACUCCCAGACUGGUUCAUUUCUGCCAUUCAGGGUAUCCUCCCGGCCCUCUUCUUGGCCAUUCUCAUGGCACUCCUUCCCUUGAUUCUUCGAUUCCUCAGUCGCACCCAGGGUCUCCACACGGGCAUGGCUAUUGAGUUGACUGUACAAAACUAUUUCUUCGCAUUCCUGUUCGUGCAGCUUUUCUUGGUUGUCACCAUCGCCUCCAGUUUUUCCGCGAUUCUCGAAAACAUCACCAACGUGACCAGCUGGCCCGAGCUCUUGGCUCAGAAUAUUCCCAAGUCUAGCAACUACUUUUUCUCCUACAUGAUUCUUCAAGCGAUGUCUGUGAGCGCUGGUGCGCUUGUCCAAAUCUUCGGUUUGAUCAGCUGGUUCAUCCUCGCUCCCAUCCUGGACUCCACCGCUAGAAAGAAGUGGGCUCGAACGACCAACUUGAAUCAAAUGCAAUGGGGUACAUUUUUCCCGGUUUAUACCACAUUAGCAUCUAUCGGACUGAUUUAUUGCGUUGUUGCCCCUCUUAUUUUGGUUUUCAACAUUAUCACAUUCAGCCUUUUCUGGUUCGUCUAUCGGUAUAACACUUUGUAUGUCACAAAGUUCCGCUUCGAUACCGGUGGUCUUCUUUUCCCUCGUGCCAUUAACCAGCUCUUCACCGGCCUUUACGUGAUGGAGGUGUGCCUGAUUGGAUUAUUCUUCCUCGUCCGAGACGACAAGGGCGACGUUGCUUGCGAAGGCCAGGCUAUUUGCAUGAUUAUCGUCCUCAUCCUGACUGCCGGGUAUCAAAUUCUUCUCAAUGAGGCGUUUGGUCCUCUCCUUAGAUACCUGCCUAUCACGCUAGAAGAUGCGGCGAUUAAACGUGAUGAGGAGUUCGAGCGUGCCCAGCAUGCCCGCCUAGGCUUGACUGUUGAUGAUGAUGAUGACGACGAGGAUGAAGAAAACGAUGUCAAGAGUCUCGAGCGUCGUCUAUCCGAGCAUGAACGCCAAGAACGUCACGAGGGUCAAAAUGAGAAGGAUAUUGAGCUGAAGAGCCUUGAUACCGACAGAGAUGGUCGCAAAAACAAACUCGCGGGGGGCCUACUAUCCACACCUAAGCUCGGCAAAAAGCGGCCAUCCUGGGCGGACCGUUCCCCGAAGGCCAAUCGGAGGUCUAAAUACUUUGGCGUCAAUUCAGCCACCGCAAGCCCGACUAUCAAGAAUCUCCGAGAAAAGAUGGCACAGGAUGCCGAGUCCCAAGGGCCGGAAGCCAACAAGAUGGGCCAGGCUCUGUUCGCCGGUAUUCACGACGAAUUGGAAGAUCUCACCCCCGAUGAACGUGAUCAGCUAGUACAACGCGCUUUCCAACACGAGGCUCUCCGUGCUAAACGGCCCGUGAUCUGGAUUCCUCGUGAUGACACUGGAGUCAGCAAUGACGAGGUGUAUCGAACACAGCGAUUCAGCAAACAUAUCUGGAUCAGCAAUGAAUACCAAGCACUUGAUGGGAAGUGCCGGACGAUAUUCAGUCGCAGUCCGCCCGACUUUUCCGAGGUGGACUUGAUCCAGUUGUAA